CGCACAAAGAGCUCCGGUGGCGCAUUUCUCCCCAUCAGGCGAAGGUGGCGACUGAGGCGGAAGGGGCCCGGUGGGUGGGGCCUAGUCUUCUCCCAAGAGCCGAAGAGGGUCGGAGCGGGGCCUGAGACCGGGAAAGGCGCCUUGCGGGGCGGCGGAGGAGGAGAGCGCGGUUGGCAGGAGCUGGGCCUAACAGCGGGAGCUCACCCAACUCCCCAGAUUUGAACCGCCAACCUUUUGGUCAGCAAGUUCAGCAGCUCAGCAGUUUAACCUGCUGCGCCACCAGGGAAAAUCAAGAUUUUUAAAGAAGUAUCUUGACUUCUUGUUGUCUUGUGAUGACCGGCAGCAUUCCUCCUGAUGUCAUUGGGCGAAGAGUCCUCUGCAAUGGGGACUAUGGAACUGUUCUCUUUGUUGGCAGUGUUCCCCCUACAACAGGAGUUUGGCUUGGUGUGGAAUGGGAUAACCCACAAAGGGGAAAGCAUAAUGGGAGUCAUGAAGGAAUACAGUACUUCAAAUGCAGACACCCUUCAGGGGGAUCUUUUAUCCGUCCAAACAAGGCUAAUUUUGGAGUAGACUUCCUUUCUGCUGUCCGUGAGAAGUAUGGAUUAAACGAAGAUCAAGAAGAUGCUGAGAGCAGAACAGAAACAUCAAUAGUAAUUGGAAGGAGAACUGUGGAACCAAUUGGAUUUGAUUCCAUUAAAGAAAGACAAAAGCAAUUGAAUAAUAUGAGUGACAUAUCAGUCGAUGAAUGUGUGGUGAGCGAAGCAGGUCAAGAAGAGGAAAUCAAAAGAACAUGUCCUAAUAUCAGACGGAUAAAUCUAUCCAAAAAUCUUUUAUCAUCUUGGAAAGAAGUAGUAAAUAUUGCCUGCCAGCUUGAACAUCUAGAAACCCUAAAUGUCAGUGAAAACAAAAUGAAAUUUCCAUCCUCUUCACCACCAAACUCAAGAGCUUUUUGUAAUCUGAAGGUGUUGGCACUUAAUCAUACAGAAGUGACAUGGACUGAGGUUCUUUUAUGUGCUACAGGGUGGCCUGUUCUUGAAGAACUCUACCUGGCUUCCAAUGAAAUUUCGCUUUUGGAGAGACCUAUUGAUACCUUACAUAACCUGAAAUGGUUAGACCUCUCUGACAAUCAAUUAACUGAUGGAAACCAACUUCACCUAAUUGCAGACCUCCCCAGGUUAGAAACGCUCAUACUUUCAAACAAUGCAAUUUCUUCAAUACACUUUCCUGAUGUUGGAUUUGGUUGCAAAACUGGCAAGUUUCCUUCCUUAACACAUCUUGGAGUAAAUUCCAAUAGAAUUGCAGAAUGGUCAGUUAUCAAUGAACUUGAUAAACUACAAAGUCUUCAUUCGUUGGAUUGUCGGAAUAAUCCGUUGAUGGAAACAGACAAAAAUAUGGAGACCGUGAAGCAGCUGCUGAUUGCAAAAAUAGGCCAGUUAAAAUUUUUGAACAAGUCUGAGAUCUUCCCUGAGGAAAGAAGAGGAGCAGAACUCGACUAUAGAAAAAAAUACGGUAUUGACUGGCUAAAUGCUGGUGGUAACCAAGAUCCAAACAAAAACAACCCAAGUGAAGAGUUUCUUUCUGCUCACCCCAGAUUCCAAGUUCUCUGUGAGAAAUACGGUGCGCCCGAAGAUGGAGAGAUGAAAAAAGAACAGCAUUUCUCUCUCAAAAAUCAGCUGUUAGCUUUGACCUUUAAAUGCCCUGACAAACCUGACCAGAAGCCCAUAGAGAAGAAACUACCAGAUUCUAUGACUGUUCAGAAGGUCAAAGGAUUACUGUAUCGGCUACUUAAAAUCCCAGGUUCAAAACUGAAGCUGUCCUAUGAAAGUUCUAAAAUGAAAGGCAAAGAAUUUGAACUGGACAAUGACCUAAAACCUUUGCAGUUUUACUCUAUUGAAAAUGAAGAUUGUGUCCUAGUACGAUGGUAACAGCUUCAAUGCUUUUUUCUUUAAGAGUAGUUGUAUGUUGCUAGCAGAACCUCUAUAAUUAAGAUUUAAAGAUUUGGAAGAACUUUGAUAUCGAAAAGAUGGAAAGCUAUUUACCUGGCAAACCACUAAAAUCUGCACUUUCUGUUAAUAAAUGUUCUCUUUGCAAA